UAUUUUAAUCGAUUCUUUUUGGGUUUCUCUCCGUCCUGCAUGCUGCCCUCAUGCGUGACUGCGUACACUUCCUCUUUUUUAAGUAUUACUUGCACACUUGUCGCGCUGCAGCUUCAGUGUGGCCAGAGCCUGAGUAUGUGACACCUGACAGGGGGAGAACAUGACGCUGUGGGUGCACCAGAGUGUGUUUGCGGCAGCUCUGCUGAUGUGCGCUGUCACUAUUUCAGGCACAUCGGCUGAUGACCACACGGUGGUUUCUUCUCGGACGGCCGACCAACUGAGCACACCUAAUCCUCCCAACAUUUCAAUCUUUGUGGAACAUCCUUCGAAGCCAAAGCUGAUGCUGGUCAGAGUAAAUGAAGCAGGCAGAUCUCCUGAUUUUGAGUGCAGUUAUGAGGGCCUCCCCCCAAAGCCCACUCUGCUGUGGACUGGUAAUAAAAAGGGGGAGGACGCCGUAUCUAGUUCUGACUAUUAUGACAGAGGAGUGAUGUGUUGCGCUACCAACGCUGAAGGACACGAGUGCACCCAGCUGUAUGACUAUGAUUUAGAGUUGAAUUCAAAGAGCAGUGACGAGGUUUCCAAUAUGACUGUGAGCCCUGGUGAGUCUCUUCUGCUCCGCUGCAGAAUGGACUAUUCAGGUGAUCCUUUUUGGAAGAAAGAAGGCCAAAAAUUGGAGGAAAAGUCAUUUCCGUGUGGAAAUGAGAAGAUCCAGAUGUGCAUUAAAAAGGACUCUCAUUCUGAUAUCAGUAUGACUUACCUGUUCAUCCCAUCAGUUAACUUUAAUCACAGUGGAACAUACAGCUGCUCUCAGGAUAAUGAAAAAAAUAAGUCUGUUUAUAUUCAGGUUAAGGCUGAAAGUGUCCUCUCUGCCGUGCUGGAGGAUAAACAGAUCCUCACAGCUCAAAACGCACGCAGCUCCUGCUUGCAGGCAAAUGUGUCCUACCACCCUGUGCUGCAGCAGUGUUACUGGGAGGCUCCUGAUAAAAACCUGACUACAUGCACAAGAGAGAAAUGGGUAACAAAACACAGGACUGUGAAGUUUUGCGGUGCGCUCAAAUCCGGAGUUUAUAAGUUACACUUGGCUACAGGUGGAGGAGGAAAAGAAACGAAGAAUGUUACAGUUUGUGUUGUUGACACACCUGAACUAAACCCCAAGAUUCACGACGAUAACAUCACCUUUGAGACUGCCAGUCUUGUGCCAGCUAACUACACCUGGAUGUCUGGCACCUUGAUAAAUGACAGCUGUGAAAAUGAUUCAUCCUGGAAGGUGGUCUAUCGGGGCCAUCAACCCGGUUCUGCCAACUUCUGCAAUAGGACCAUCACAAGCUCAAUCAGUAGAGACCAGAUCGCUGGGCAGUGCUUAAAGUUUUGCCUGACAAAUUCAGCUGGGUCCUGGUGUCAGGCCAUCACCAUGACAGCGUCACCCGUUGCCCUUCACUUAAAAACUGUGGGGACCUCUGGUGAGACGUUACUGUUGAAAGUGGGAACUUUUCUUCUCAUUCUGGCUUUGGCGGUAGUCAUCUUGGUGCUCGUGUACUUUGUCAAAAAGAAGAAACCCCAGUAUCAGCCCCAGCUACAGAUGAUCCAGAUGGUUGGACCCAAUGACAACGAUUACAUCUACAUCAACUUCAAGGACUUUGAGUACGACAAAAAAUGGGAGUUCCCCAGAGAGAACUUGGAGCUGGGUAAAGAACUGGGCUCUGGAGCUUUUGGCAUGGUGCUCCAGGCGACUGCUUAUGGCAUCAACAAGUCUGGAGUCUCACAGCAAGUGGCUGUCAAGAUGCUCAAAGAAAAACACCAGUCAGUGGAGAAAGAAGCUCUCAUGUCUGAGCUGAAGAUGCUGACUCACAUCGGUCAUCACAACAACAUUGUUAACUUCCUCGGAGCAUGCACGGACUCUGGACCCAUCUACCUGAUUUUCCAAUACUGCUGUUAUGGAGAUCUCCUUAACUAUUUGAAAAAGAACAGCGACCGCUACAACAAGUCAGUGACGGAUGCAUUUACCAAGGACCGUUUCAGAAACAUUUACAAGAACCUGCACGUCAAGAAUGACAAUAGUGUUUUGGGUGAGCCAUCCUCAGCAGUGGACAACUACGUGCCAAUGCACAGCUCCACCACCAGGGGCCAGGAGAACAUCGCCCUCCUCACCCUCAGCGCCUGCGACGAUGAGGACCCGGAAAUGUAUGAGGACCAGGAGGAUCAGACUGAAGACCUGCAGGCCAUCACCUUUGACGACCUGCUCAGCUUUGCUCUCCAAGUGGCCAAAGGCAUGGACUUCCUCUCAUCCAAAAAUUGUAUCCACCGGGACCUGGCAGCUCGCAAUGUGUUAGUGACAAAUGGCCGGCUGGUGAAAAUUGGCGACUUUGGACUUGCUCGGGACAUCGACAAUGACUCCAACUAUGUUGUGAGAGGAAACGUGCGUUUACCGGUGAAGUGGAUGGCACCGGAGAGCAUCUUUCAGGGGAUGUACACCAUGAAGAGUGACGUCUGGGCUUACGGAAUUCUGCUCUGGGAGAUCUUCUCACUCGGUGUUACUCCGUACCCGGGCGUGAAGGUGGAUCACACGUUUUAUUCAAUGAUUGAGAGAGGAUUCAAGAUGGAGUGUCCGUACUACGCCGAUGAGUCUGUGUAUGAUAUGAUGUGCCAGUGUUGGGCCCUCGACCCCUGCCAUCGCCCGUCUUUCUCUAAGCUGGUGUCCUUCAUGUGCGACCAGCUCACAGACAGAGAGGAGAAGCUCUACUACAACAUGCACGACCAGACUUCCAGCGACUACCAGAAUGCAACAACCAUUCUGGACAUUUCAGCAUUGACCAAACAGAAUGACAACAAAGCGACGUCAGCCAAUAACUACUGUCGAGCCUACUCGACUGAGGAGAGCAAGGCGGGAGCGUCAAACUCUGUGGCUGUCGCAGUUGAAGAGGAUCUUCUGAAGCCAUCUCUUACAGAGUGAUCACCUAUUAUAUGCUAAAGUUCCAACUAUUAAAAAAAAAAGAUAUAUUGAAAAAUUCUCAACAGUCUAAUGAUAAUCCCAAUGAUGACUGUAAAUGCACUGCUUGUAUUCACUUUUAACUAUAUGUAGCAUUUAUCUAAUAUUACUUUUUUUUCUGUCCGUAUUAGUAUUCGGGACAAUGUUCCAUUAUGUCUGUGGGUUUGAACAGAAAAAUAGUCUUGAUUUUAAAUGGACGCCCAUCAGACACAAAGUUUGGAUCAACUGCCUAAUUGUGAAUAGGUCCUCCUUUUGUCACCAAAAAAGCUCUGAGCACUUAGAUAAAAGAGGGCAUAGAUAAAACAUCUGAGAGCUCCCAGAGGUAAAGAGGGAUGUUAGCAACAGAUGCCACUGGAAUUGGAGGUAGGUUAUAUUUCAUACUCUUUUCUGUGCUUUUGAGCCCUGCCUGGGGGGUUAUUAUGGACAGCCUCUGCUUAAGGGUUGUGAUGUCUAGGUUGGUGACAAGUGUCAAAGAGCAUCCAUGACAAUGCCUAAAUGCAGGAUUUCCAAACGAAAGUAGCAAGUAGAGCAGUUGUUUUAAGUUUGUGGCUGAUAUGUGUAUAUCAGCCCUUCCCUCAGUCGUAUCAAAAUAAUGUAGCCACUGACAGUAUUUCAAUUUUAUAUUUCAUCAUGCAUAUUUUACUGGUAUAGAAAUAUUGUUAGCAGGUAUAAAUGAAAGCGUCUUAUUCCCACAUUUUUAUGCUGUUUCUACAUAUUCAACCAUCUUAAAAAUCCUUGGUAUAUAUUUAUGCUGUAUUUUAUCAUUUGUAUACUUGCCAUGAAAUGCAUUUCAGUUAUUGAAGGAACAAGGGUGAUCACUGCUAAGUGUUUCCAAUGAGAAUAAAGAAUAAAGAACAGAUUA